GGGUUACGUAGACGGCGUGCUGCAAACCACCUCCCGGCGGCUCUGGGUAGGUUGUGGUGCUGCUAGCUGCAGAACGCACACUUCGGCAGGACGCGGCAGAGGUGGUAGCUGCUCUCCAUCCUGAGAGCCUCUUCUUCUUCAGCCUGCCUUCACUCGUUUCGGUGUCUACAGCCAGAUUAUCUCAAUUUGCUUUGCCCCUGUGUGUACCAGAAUCAGUGCUUCAUAGUUUGAGCCUGAUAGGAUUGACUUUACAAAUGAGACGUUUAAGUCACAUCCACCACGAAGUAUGAUUUGAAUGAAACGUUAACUUACACAAGUUUUCUGAUAUUUUUAACUUGAGUUAUCAGCUGUCUGCAGUUAUUCACAACCCAAGGGGUACAUGGCCCCAAAGGCAAGGGAUAAGAAUUGCAGAUCCUAGAUACUCUGAGAACCCACUACUGUAUAAUCAUUCGUAUGAAAUCAUUCAUGUGCUGGCAGCCCCAAAGGGAACAUAAACCAGGGAAUUUGAUAUCAUGCGGCAGAAGAGCAAAUUAUUUCUCCAAGCUUUGAAGUAUAGUAUUCCUCACCUUGGGAAAUGCAUGCAGAAACAGCACUUGAAACACUGUAACUUCGCUGAUCAUUAUUACAAUAGAAUAAAAUUGAAAAAAUAUCACCUAACCAAGUGUCUGCAGAAUAAACCCAAGAUAUCAGAGUUAGCAAGAAACAUCCCAAGUCGGAGCUUCUCAUGUAAGAAUUUUCUGCCUAUUAAACAAGAAAACAAAAAAUCCCUUCCGGAAAACAUGGAUGCGUUUGAAAAAGUGAGAACAAAAUUAGAAACACAGCCACAAGAAGAAUACGAAAUUAUCAAUGCAGAGAUUAAACAUGGUGGUUUUGUUUAUUAUCAAGAGGGUUGCUGCUUGGUUCGUUCCAAAGAUGAAGAAGCAGACAGUGAUAAUUAUGAAGUUUUGUUCAAUAUGGAGGAACUUAAAUUAGACCAGCCCUUCAUUGACUGUAUCAGAGUUGCUCCUGAUGAAAAAUAUGUAGCUGCCAAGAUAAGGACUGAAGAUUCUGAAGCAUCUACCUGUAUAGUUGUGAAGCUCAGUGAUCAGCCUUCAGUGGAAGCUUCUUUCCCAAAUGUGUCCAGUUUUGAAUGGGUAAAGGAUGAAGAAGAUGAAGAUGUUUUAUUCUACACCUUCCAGAGGAAUCUUCGCUGUCAUGAUGUAUAUCGAGCCACUUUUGGUGAUAACAAACGUAAUGAACGUUUUUACACAGAAAAAGACCCAAGCUAUUUUGUUUUCCUUUAUCUUACAAAAGACAGUCGUUUUCUCACCAUGAAUAUUAUGAACAAGACCACUUCUGAGGUGUGGUUGAUAGACGGCCUGAGCCCUUGGGACCCACCAGUACUUAUCCAGAAGCGAAUACACGGGGUCCUUUACUACGUAGAACAUAGAGACGAUGAAUUAUACAUUCUCACUAAUGUUGGCGAGCCUACAGAAUUCAAGCUAAUGAGAACAGCAGCUGAUACCCCUGCUAUUAUGAAUUGGGAUUUAUUUUUCACAAUGAAGAGAAAUACCAAAGUUGUCGACCUGGACAUGUUUAAGGAUCACUGUGUUCUAUUCCUAAAGCACAGCAAUCUGCUUUAUGUUAAUGUGAUUGGUCUGGCUGAUGAUUCAGUUCGGUCUCUAAAGCUCCCUCCUUGGGCCUGUGGAUUCAUAAUGGAUACAAAUUCAGACCCAAAGAACUGCCCCUUUCAGCUCUGCUCUCCAAUACGCCCGCCUAAAUAUUACACAUACAAGUUUGCAGAAGGCAAACUGUUUGAGGAAACUGGGCAUGAAGACCCGAUCACAAAGACUAGCCGUGUUUUACGUUUAGAAGCCAAAAGCAAGGAUGGAAAAUUGGUGCCAAUGACUGUUUUCCAUAAAAUGGAUUCUGAAGACUUACAGAAGAAACCUCUCCUAGUACAUGUAUAUGGAGCUUAUGGAAUGGAUUUGAAAAUGAAUUUCAGGCCUGAAAGGCGGGUAUUGGUGGAUGAUGGAUGGAUACUAGCAUAUUGUCAUGUUCGGGGAGGUGGUGAAUUAGGCCUCCAGUGGCACGCUGAUGGCCGUCUAACUAAAAAACUCAAUGGCCUUGCUGACUUAGAGGCUUGCAUUAAGACGCUUCAUGACCAAGGCUUUUCUCAGCCAAGUCUAACAACCCUGACUGCUUUCAGUGCUGGAGGGGUGCUUGUGGGAGCAUUGUGUAAUUCUAAUCCAGAGCUGCUGAGAGCUGUGACUUUGGAGGCACCUUUCUUGGAUGUUCUCAACACCAUGAUGGACACUACACUUCCUCUGACAUUGGAAGAAUUAGAAGAAUGGGGGAAUCCUUCAUCUGAUGAAAAACACAAGAACUACAUCAAAUGUUACUGUCCCUAUCAAAAUAUUAAACCUCAGCAUUAUCCUUCGAUCCACAUCACAGCUUAUGAAAAUGACGAACGUGUACCUCUGAGAGGAAUUGUAAGCUAUACUGAGAAACUCAAGGAAGCCAUCGCAGAGCAUGCUAAGGACACUGGCGAAGGCUAUCAAGCCCCCAAUAUUACUUUAGAUAUUCAGCCUGGAGGCAAUCAUGUGAUUGAGGAUUCUCACAAAAAGAUUACAGCCCAAAUUAAAUUCCUGUAUGAGGAACUUGGACUCGACAGCACCAGUGUUUUUGAGAAUCUCAAGAAAUAUCUAAAAUUCUGAAAUGCUACAUUCAGUGGGAACUGGAAACACUGAAAUAUUUCAUAGUCGUAUUGCCAGCUGUGUUAAGAAAAGUGAGUUUUUUAAGUUGGUAAAUAAUUUUUUUAUAUUUGCUUCUCCAUCCAAAUUUUGUUUAGUAUCCAGCUCACUUAUACUGUUGUCUCCAUUGAUGCACAUGCCCCUUAACCUAGGAAAGUAGUUUUCAAAUCAUGCUCUGUAGGACAUAGAGAAGGAUUGGUGACAGCAGAAACUGCCCCCUUCCCCCAUCAGAACAGCUUUGUUUUAUUUACUACAAUUUUCUUUGAAUGGUUUACAAACCAAGGUUUUGCCUCGUUGCUAGUGAACAUUUUUAGGUACUGUGGCAGUAAGUCAUCACCCAGUUUCUGUACCCGCAUUUUAUGGAAGAAGAUAACAUUCUUAAAAUUCAUUAGAUCUUUCUAAUAAUCGGGAGUCCUGAGGUGCUCAGUUCAUCUCUAAUUGAUGCUGUCUCAAAAAAGUUACAAGUUCCUGCAAGUGACAGUUUUCUUUAAACAUUUUAUUAUUCUUGAAAAAACAUUUGAGAACCCUUCCUAAAGCAUUUACAUUCAAGCUACAGAAAUAUCUAAGAAUUAAUGACUGUUCAUAAAGUUUACCCGGCAGUCUGCAGUAACGUGAAGUUACUGCAAAUGCUUAGAAUAGAACAGAAUGCCCACGUCUUCAUCUCUUUCGUAGAGGUGCCUAACACGAGUUGUACAGUAUGUUGAGUGCACUGGAAUAGCACGCCCGGUUGGAAACAAAACAUCUGUCUCUGAAAGCUGUUUGGUGAUGAAGGAGAUUCUUCGUAUUGUAUUCAAGGAUGAGUCCUUCUCCUUUGUCCAGUGUAAUGGCAUGUGUAUCAAUUUCACGGCCUUUGUAGGCAGAAUUGGUACUUAACUUUAUCCUCACUCUUGUGGGAAUAUUUGAAAUCAUUUCCUUUAGAUUUAGCACUGAUAAUUCUCCAAAAUUCAGAACCAUGAGUAAGACUCUGUCUGUGCCGUCCAGCUCUCUUGUGUACACAACAGAGUGAUUGUCACUCCUCAGGUAGCAAAACCAGCCCCUGCUGAGGAGCAGCUCGUUGGCAUGAAGCAAACUUAAUUCUUGAUAUAACUUCAGUGCUGAUCUGGGCUGAGUCUUUUGGACCUAAUUUUUUUAAAAAGAGUAUUAAUAAAUGUUUGAUUCUAAGAGGUUUUUUUUAAAAAACAUUUUUAGCAUCAAAUAAGGAAUUAAUUUCCCUAAAAAAAAAAACUUGCUCCAAUUUUGCCCCUUAAAGUAACUACCAAAUUUUAAGUAUUAAUAAGUAGGUAAGAAUAAUUAUAUUUAACUACUAAAUAGAGGCUGCAAAUGCAGUUUCACCAUAUCUGGGAGUCGUUGCUGUGUGCACAGUUUUCCACUGCAUCUUGGCCGAAUUUGACUCCACUUUAGGAACCCCCCAAAAAUGUUCAUGUCUAAGUUAAUGGAUAUUUAGCUUGCCCAAAUAAAGUCUCUUUAUGCUGUACUGUAUUAUAGAAAAGCAGCCACCAUGGCCAUGGACUCUGAGAACUGGUGAAUUGGGGCUUUUCUGUUCUCUUGUAAAAUAAUGUAUAGGUUGGUGUAACUUCAGCAGGUAUCUAUUUCUUGCAUAGCUAACUGUGAACAGAAAAUUAGAAAAAGAAUGCGAAAGCAAAAUGCAGCCAACAGUGAAUGUUAAAGAUUGUACUUUUUUUAACCAUAAAAGUGACAUAUGUUCAUUAAAUAACGGCUACAUAAAACAUAUAAUCUAAUACUGCUUUUUUUCCUUUAACAUUUCAAGCAUCUCUGUUACUAUAUGAAAUGUCAUGUUAAUGGCAGAAUAAUACUCUAUUGAAUGGUUAUACCAUACUUAACCAUUCCCUUUCAUUUUGACAUUUGAGUUUCUAAUAUGCUUCUCUCAUAUUUGGAUUAUUUACUUAGGAUAUAAAUAUCAGAAAGACAAACCCUAUGUCAAAGAGUAUGGAUACUUGACACAUAAUGCCAAAUUUGUCUUCAUAAAAGCUGUUGCCAAAUCAGUGAGAUUCAUUUCAUUGUACUCCAGCCAGCCGUGUUGACUUCAGUGGUAGUAGUGGUUGUUGGGGGGCAGGUGUCUGAUGUGUGGUGUUUAAUGACUAAUAAAUGUCUGAAAAAAUACUCUGUUUAUCAGGUACAAAGGUAUUUAUGGUACAUGUAUAUGGUAUAUGACUUGUCAUACUAUUAACAUUUUCUAUAGUCUUUAGAUAAUGCAUGAAAAAGCAUAGUUCAGUGCCACUCACAGAAGUGCCAAGUAAGUGUUAACUAUUAUUUUUGUCUACUUGGUUUACCACUUUCUAGAAGUAUGUUGAAGUGUCUCUCUGUCAUUGUGGAUUUAUCUGUUUCUCUAUGGAUUUCUCAGAGUACUUGUUUUAUAUAAUUUGAACCUAUUGUUAGAUGCACAGAUUUAUGAUUUGUAGUGGAGUGUUCUUUUAUCAAUUUUUCAAAAUUGCCUUUGUCUCAUAAUGCUUUUCAUAUUGAAUUCUAUUUUGUCUGUUAUUAAAUAUUUCCACACCUGC